GGAACUGCAGAUGAUCUGCCACCAUCCUCUGCUGGCAUUCAUGGAUGACUUUGGCAUAGGAGCUGGGAUGCAGGUACUUCCGACAUCUCAUCUCUUCAUCUUUCAACCGCCCCAAAACCUGGAGGAAGAGAAGGAUGGAAAAGAAAAGGGCUCAGGGGAGACAUCAGAGUGAUCAGCACCCUCAGUCAGGGCCAGUCAGAAUGAACCAGGUGAAGACAGUCAAAGAUGAGAAAUAUCAGCCAGGUGCACCUGUGCCCUGCAUUCCAACACCUGUUUACCAGCAGACCAGCCUCCAGAACCAGUACAGUGGGGUUUUUCAUGGCGCUCCUGUCAAGUCCGUGGCUGGGACGACACAGAAGCUGUUUACGACCAUGACCAGCACACAAACACCACAGCUUCGAUCAAGCGCCUUUCAAUAUUACUGCAAGGAAAACUGUUGUAUGCCCCCACUGUCAGUCGGAUUUUCUCAAGAAGAGCCCUUCAGGUUCCCACCUAGUGGGACACAGAACCUCCCCUCUUCGGCCAUGAGCUGCCCACAAACACCACAGCUUCAUCCAAGAAAUCUUCAGCACAACAAGGAGACAUUGGAUUUCCUGCAGCAGAACACUUCGCCAGCAUUGCGAGGAACCUCAGGUGACAUGACAGCCUGCCAGCUGUACAACACCAGCUCGAGCCUCCCACAGGGGGUGGCCAACACAUCCAUGGGGUCGGCAGGGGCCAGCGCUCAAAGCAACCUGAAACGUGGAAAAGUCAAUCUAGAAAAGAAGGAGCUUCGCUUGAUGAAGAACAGGGAAGCCGCCCGGGAGUGUCGACGAAAGAAGAAGGAAUAUGUCAAAUGCCUCGAAAAUCGCGUGGCUGUACUCGAAAAUCAAAACAAGACUUUGAUUGACGAGCUUAGAGCCUUAAAAGACAUCUACAGACACAAAGUCGAGUGAUUUCUUUGAUUGUGUAGACUGUGUUGUUCUGCUUCUGUAGGGUGUCUCGAGGACUCUGACUUUGCCUAUACAGACACACACACACACACACACACACAUGCUCACACACACUCACACAAAACACUCCUUGUCCUUGCUGUAAAACGUGUUUACACCAUGAUGUCAAUGUUUCUAACUGUGAUUAUCCAAAGCGCCACCACCAGCGAAAACAAGAACCUUGUUUCAGGUCAGAGUUUUUAUUAUCAGUGAGUAUUACAAGAAGCUUAUGUCCCUUUGAACAGGGAUAGUGCCAGAAAAUACAGGAAUAGAAGGAGGGACUAUAUGGACCAACUGCAGACUCGCAACAUCGCACUGGAAAAAGAGAAUGAGAUGCUGAAGGCCGAGCUUGAGUACUUGAGGCCACCCUGCCUAUAUCUGGCACAGAAGCCUUAACAGCCACCACCUUAACUGCAAUGAAUUUGACAUCCCUAAUGAUCCUUUUCAGCAUUUUGCUGUAUUAAAAAUAAAUAUAUUGAUAGUGUUUGUGGUAGUCUGUUUUUUCCAUGGAGGUGUGUGAAUGCUGGAUGCCGACAGAAGCCAAAUGUUCAAAAGGAAUCGGCUCAUUGGGGCUUAACAUUGCAAUGUUUUUGUUUUAUGUGAUUCCCCUUCAGAAAUCCUGAUUCAAGCAUACUAUCACUGCAUUUAUCAACCCUCCUUGUUUGUAUUCGAUUUAGAGACCCACCAGGAUCUGUAGUGCAUCUGUAUCAGGACUUAUCUCAUAGUAACCUGUGGCAUUAAUAUUUACGUGGAACUGUAUUACUGUUUUAACUACGUUUUUUUGCUUCGUCUCAGUAUACGUGGCUGGAUUUAGAACUUUUUAACAAUCUUUUCUGUUGGUUUCUUUAUUUCUCCUCCGUCAGUUAACAUCUUAGCCGGUGGCUUGUUAUGAUCACACCAUCACUUUAAGGUCUACAUUUUUGUAUGUAUUUGUUGAAAUAAAUUCCUUGCUCAGUC